AUGAAAACAACAAUUCUCUUUAUCUCUUCUUUAUUAUUAGCUGUUACUUUGUUCAACUUGGUCGGUGCUAUGGAAGUACCAGAUAGUGUUACCAGAAACACUACAAGUGGAAAUCAUACUUCAGGAUCCACUGGAAGUUUGAAUACCACUACUGGACAUUCGAACACUAGUACUUCAGGAGGUUGGACAACCGGAGGAUCGAAUACCACUUCAGGAUCAACUACUGGACAUUGGAAUAGCACAAGCGGAUCUUCUGGAAGUUUGAAUACCACCACCACCGGACAUUGGAACAACACUUCAGGUUGGACAACUAGAGGAUCGAAUACCACUUCAGGAUCAACUACUGGACAUUGGAAUUCAACCACUACUGGAACUUCUGGAAGUUUGAAUUCCACCACUACUGGACAUUGGAACACCACAUCCGGAAGUUGGACAACUAGAGGAUCGAAUACUACUUCAGGAUCAACUACACAUUGGAAUUCCACCACAACUGGAGGAAACACCACUUCAGGAACAUCUGGAAGAGGCAACACAACCAGAGGUUUCCAUGAUAUUGAUUUGGAGGAGAACGACUCUAGUAUUCUCCAAAUCAACUCGAUCAAGAUGAUUAUUAUUGCUUUAAUGUCAAUGAUAGUGUUCAUAUGUUAA